AUGGGAAAAAUCGACAAAUAUUUGAUGAUAAUCAUUUCCCAACAUUUUAAGAAUAUCACAGACUUCAUCAAUGUCGAGUUUGUAUGCAAAAAGUAUGCUAACAACAUGGCUAGGUUCCAUUACAACCCGAUUCCUCUAACAUUAAAAACAAGACAAUUCUUUCCAAAUUUGAAAAUCCUCCAUUUGUAUGCGAAAGACGAUUUAUUGUUCACUGAUUAUAAAAUCACUUCACACCAUGUUGAAUACAAAAUGAAAUUAAAAUGUUCUGAUUUUGAAGAGAAGACACUUUCUGAUAUUUUAGACAGAGCAUUUCCAACAACAUAUCGCAGAAUAUGUUACACUGGAUAUAACAAAGGUGAUGUUGUGACGAUACCAGAUGGUGUUCAGAGUCUUUCAAAGUGGUGUUUAGACAUGUGCAAUGCACAGACAAUUCACAUUCCAGAGAGUGUGGUGGAGAUAGGGAGGUCGACGUUUGAGUGUUGUAACAUGGUGGAGCACUUGUACCUCCCUUCACACCUCACAAAACUGAGUGGUGCGUUCACAUAUGUCUACAAAUUGAAAGACCUUGUCAUUCCGUCACUUGUGACAACCCUUCACAGUUGUCUCUUUGUGGAAUGCACAGAACUCACUAAAGUCGAAUUUUCAAGUGACAUCACCACACUUCCUGAAUAUCUCUUUUAUUUGUCAGGAAAAGGAAAAUAUGAAGUGCCAAAUACAAUCACAAAGUUGGACGAUUAUGCAUUUGCCGAGUGCAAUUGGGCGACUGUUAUUGUACAUGAAAAUGUGGCUCAAUUUGGCGUUGGAUUAUUCCAAGAUGCGCACGUCGAAGUUGUGGAACUGCCCAACACGAUGUCUGAAAUUGGCGAUGAAAUGUUUAGAGAAUGUGCUUCUUUGAAAGAAGUAAAAAUGCCAAACAAGUUGACACGAAUAGGAAUUAACUGUUUUGUUGGGUGCACAAAUUUGAAACAAAUACAAUUGCCAACUUCAAUUCAAAUAUUAGACGACAACAGUCUUGGUGAUGUUGAAGUCAGUAACACAUACUCCGAGUUUGAAGUGUUGCAACACGUCGGUAAAAACGUGUUGAAUAAAUUCCACUUCACAACUUUUGUACUUCCAGAAGACGUUAAAGACGCAAAUUCGUAUUUUGAGAAUUGCAAAGAGCUCGCAACUGUCACUUUCAAUCAAUCAAUUUGUGAGUUGAACAGAACAUUUUGUUGUUGUAAAAGUCUCAAAGAAGUUGUCAUUCCCGAAACCAUCACUCAAAUUGGCGAUUUUUGUUUUUCAAAGUGCACUUCACUCACACACGUCGACCUUCCACAAAACAUAUGUACACUUGGCGAUUCUACAUUUGAGAGUUGUGUGGCUUUGAAUGUAUUGGCACUCCCACAUAACGUCACAAAACUUGGAAAUAAAUGCUUCAAAAACUGCAAAUUACUUUCACGCAUCAAUACACGACACAUCAUAAAUAUGGGCAAAUCAUGCUUUAAAAACUGCACACAACUCAGUGCAAUAACUGUGAAAUCAACAACGCGAUAUGGAAUAUCAUGCUUCGCACACUGCAACCUGAAGGAUGUUGUCUUUCCAAAAGAAGUGGUGACGUCGUAUGUGAGUUCCGAAGAGAGGUUUUGCAAUUUUGACACACACAUUGUCGACUUUGGUUUGAAAAUGUUUGUGUCAGCAACUUCGCUGCAGUCCGUAGCAUUGCCAACAAACAUCGAUGUGUUACCCAAUAUGAUGUUUAGUGGGUGUGUUGCACUUUCAUCGGUCAAAGGCACCAACCACGUCACUGAGAUUGGCAAUUCGUCUUUUGCAAAUUGCUGCCGUCUCACUGAAAUUCAAUUAGAAAAGGUUGUUAGCUUUGGUAACAGUGCGCUCUGUGGUGUUGGCAUCACACACAUCAAUUUCAACACACAAACAACACGACUUGGCGAAUGUUGUUUGUCAAACACGCCAAUCACACACAUUGAAAUACCAGAAGCUGUUUGUGAGAUGUACAAGAUGCUUGCAGACUGCGACAAACUGGAGGAUGUCACUUUAUACAGCGAUUAUCUGUACGCCCCUCUGAUAUUCAGUCGGUGCACUUCUCUCAAAACAGUCACUUUUGCAAAUGACACCAACAUCAUCAAAACUGACAUCUUCAAGGAUUGCGUCUUGUUGGAGAAAGUCGUGUUUUUUGGUGAAAUCAGUGAUAUUGGUAAUCAUCUCUUCAAAGAGAAGACUAAAUUGCAGGAAGUCUACUUCCCAUCGACGUUGACACACAUCGGGCGUGAUGUGUUUUCUGGGUGCGAACAGCUGACCAAAGUGGGCGACUGUCAACGCGUCCAAAUCAUUUCACAAAAGGCGUUUCAAAACUGCAAAAGUCUGAAGGAGAUGAACUUGUCGUCACAUCUCAAAAAGAUAGAGAUGAAUGCAUUUGUUGGAUGCACAAGUCUGGAAACCGAAUUCUGCAAUACAUUUGGAAUUACUACUGAAAUAUUACCAACAAAACAAACGAAAAAGUAA